AGCUGCAAUCAAAGCAUAACACGAAGGUCACAUUUCACGUGACCUGUGGUGACUUAUUUGUGACGGUUGCUAAUAGUGUACCGAUUCCACUCUAUUCAAAAUGUCCGGGACGCGCAAGAAGAAGACUUUGCCAAAUUUACAGGAGAUUUUUGAAUCCAUUAAAGAUCUGUUAUCCACGACGAAAACCCAACUGGAUGCGAGUGACAUCUCUUUACGACCUUCUAUAAUCGAGAACCUCGAACGGAUAUCCAACCUCGCUGAAUCGUUCACGGACCGACGUCUAAAGGCAGAACAGGAUUGCGCCAAUUUCUGUGACAUAUUAGACCAAGAAGGAGUGACUUUGUGGAAUAUUUCGGGACUUGUCAGCAAAUAUCCUGACGAUGAUGGCCGCGCAUUGGCUGGCGCACUCAGACUGGCCGCAUUUCGACUAGUCGAAGCAGGGCUAGAAGAAAGACCAGGAAUAGAGACUCUCAUCCAUGUCCUAGGCCUCGCAAGCAAAACCGGAGCUAUUCUUUCUGAACUCGGCCAAUUCGAUGUCGCCGGAGGUGUUCUCGCAAGUGCUGCCAAGUAUGAAGAGAUGAUGAGAGUUGAGGAUGACCCGGAAGGUACGUAUCGACAUUCCAAAACCUGUGCUCGUGCGGUGUAUCUUUCUUGUCGAAUGGAGUCGGCGUGGAAAGAGGGUAAUCAUACCGUGUCGGAGUUCAUGGCCCAAAAGUUAUUGGCUAUAUAUGAUGAGCAACGGCUUGUCUUUCCCGCCCAUGAUCGUGUGCUUUUGGCGGCGAAGUUUCAUGACAUUGGCAAAUCCGCCCUUAAGAAUCAGGUUGGACAGAUUCAGGACAAGUCUUCUGACGCCACCGCCUGGCUACAGAAGGCAUUUGGAAUUGUUGACCAAGAAGAAUCAAGCGUCCCUAAUGCUUUGGAAUUAAGAAUAUCAAUCCUCAGAACACUUGCUAGAGCGUACUUCCUAUCUGAGUGUUAUGAUAGUGCAGAAGCUACACUAGAAGAACUGACUCCUUCAUUGGACGCCUCAAAAGAUCAUGCAAGUUCCGAGUAUCAGGAACUCCGUUGGUUGAAAUUAGCUAUUCUUAAAAAAAGACAAUCCGGGGAUACAGCUAUACACGAUGCUUUUAAAUCCAUCAUCAAUCACAUGAAGUUCAGCGAUACAACUGUGACCGACAUCUUACGGGAACUGCGAACACUUGGACACCAGCACACUCUCGUUUCCGCUGUUACUCAAAACCUUUUAGAGAGAGCUUUACAAUGCAAUGAGAAAGAGUCCGAAGCAAUGGAAGUCAUCGGGAAAGCUUUCACAUCUGUGUGUGAAACAAAUACGGAGCUCCGAAGCAUCUCGGCUGCGGCAUGCUUAUCGCUUCUCUGGCAAUAUGGGGAUCGCCAUUAUCACGGCAAACGUUGGUCGCAAGCAGCAGAAUGGUUCGCGGCUGGUGGUCACCCACUAUUCAAAGUGCAUGGUUCAUCAAGCGCUUCAAAAAGCUAUCGCAAAGCGGCUCUAUGUUACAUCGAGCAGCGCGAGUAUUCUCGAUCAGCUGCAGUGAUCCGAUCCUGUCCUUCCAACGAAGCUGCAACCCAUUAUUUGGCUUUUCUCAUCGCUACUUACCAGGGGUUGGAAGAUGAAGCAAUCAAGUCGAUGCAUGCAAUGGUUAAUGCUCCGGACUUCGACCGUCAGAUGCUGCUUUUGGCCACGAAAAUAUCACAUGAGUCAGAGAUGAAGAAUGUUCUUCUCGCCAUUCUAGAGGCUCUGCUGACCACCCUGAAGAUUUCGAAGAGCGGCGAGACCGUAAUUGAAGCAAUGGCACUUCUGCGCUGUAUCAUAAGGCUGAUCUUAAAGCUACUGGCAGAACCGAUUGCUGCUCGGUCUACAUUAAUUGACAGCGUGGUGACACACUUUCGUACCGCGAAAAUCCUGGUCGACGCGGCUUUCGAACAGAAGGCUGUAUCUCUGAUAAUCAAAGACGUUUCCUGGUUAUGGAGAACUGCGUAUAACUGUGCGGUCCAAGGCUGUUCUGACUGGGAUGGAUUUCAGGAGCAGAUUUCAGCGCUAUUUGACAUCUCUAAGGACAUGCUGGAAGUGUAUUGUCAAGCAUCUCCCGUGGAGGUGGAACCAGAUCUGUAUGUUCACCUCAUGAAUGCAUUCUUUUCCGGCGUCGCUGGCCGAGUAUUCGCAGCUCGUGAGGCAUCGUCAGCGAAUGGUUCAAUAAACGCCAAGCAGAUACGCGAGAUAUCCGCGGAGAUCAAGUCAUGCAAAGCAAGGAUCUCACAAAUUAUCGAGAGUAACAAAAUAACUGGCGAUGAUGAACUUCUUCGUUCACAAUACUUCCUCCAUACGCUUAGGGUAUUCGAAGCGGAGAUAUUGGCGCAACUCAGUGAUUGGGACCAAUUGUUGAAAACAAUUGCAGAUGCUGUUACCUCGGGACAGCUUGCAGUAGCCACCUAUGAGGCAAUCGCUGAUAUUCUAUGGGAAGAGAAAGGAUGUCCUGUCAAUGUUCUAUGCGGCGGUCUUGAGGCUGUAUUGCAUGCUACCCUUGACCACAAUUCUCUUUCAUUGGAGAAGUAUGCGCGGUGGCUACGAGCCAUUUGUACAAUUACACUCGCAAGAAACACAUCUGCGGAUAGACUCAAGGCUAUUGGAUAUGUUGAACAAGCAGUCAGUAUGAUGGAAAACAGUGAUGCUGACAAGGCUUACCCCAUGGAUGAACGCUUCUGGCUUCUAGCCACAUCGUAUAAUACCGGUUUUGAGUGCUUGGAAGCGUCUUCACUGAACGAGGCCAAAAGAUGGUUUGAGGCAUCUACGGUGAUAUGUAGAUUUGUGCCUGGGGGAACGGAGCGCGCUGAAAAGAUUUCGGAAACAUAUGCACAGCUUUUGUCUAGUCUUCACUCUUUGUCCACUUGGUACAGUUGUGAUCCGACCUUGAUAUGUGCUUUUUCGACCCCUUAUAGCACUACCUCUGUUCAUUAGCUUGCACUGUACUUCUGCUCCGACUUCGGCGUUUAUGAAAUACUUGUUCCAACAUAGAUAAAAUAUCAAUGGUGGAGGAUAUACCUAAUCGAGGAUAGAAUCGUAGCAAGGAAGACAUUUCCUGAUCAGCAGAGCAAUACGCCACUGGGAAGCACCAAAAGACUAAUAUGCACCGA